UUUAUUUUAUCAACUUACAGGUGUCCCUACUGAAGCUUGUAGACUGAGUGCACUAAUCAAUGACUGGGAACAGAGAAUGUACCUUCUGUACAAGCUGAUCAACUCCAUCACCGUCACAACUCUCACUCAGGAGAAUGUUAGCUGUCUCAACACGACACUAGUCUUCUUGAUGUUUGCAUACAAGCAAGGCCACCUACCCAUGUACCUGAGUGCCUUUGUCCGGGAGGAGAAAUUGCACAAGAACCCUGGCUUUAUCAUGAAGAACUUGAGGAGACUUCUUGAAUUCUGGAAGACACACUAUCUGCGACGGGGCAAGGAUUGUUCUGCCCUGGAACAGAGCUCUUGCAUCAGUUUUGACAGGUGAAAGAAGGUGGUCGAUGUCCGUCUUCAGGACAACAUGGCGUGCACAUCCUCAGUCAACCACUACCUGACCGCAUCCCUUCCAAGCACUCCACAGACUAGAGACUGCUAGUGACAUACAUAGGUAUAAUAUAUAGCAAUCGUUCUGUAUAUA